CUUCAUCCAUCUUCGAUCAUGCAACGUUUCUGCCCAACGGCGCGCAUACACCAGUUCACUAUCGAACCCCAGUCUCUUUUAAACCCCCGCAUUGUUAGUGACUUAAGAGCUUGGGUUUUACGCCAGGCACGCCCGUUAUGACUGAUCCACUAUACGAACUCUUGGUGCCGUACUUUGACUCCACUGACAUUUCCUCACGCCCGCCACCCCCUACCUCAGAUUCAGUCUCCUCCAAGUACCUUAACCGCUUAUCGACACUUUCCCUAUCCUCACUGACGUCGACGGAACCCCAGUCACUUUCGCAAUCAUCUCACUCUGUUCUAGUUUCCCUGCAAGCUCUCGCCAAUCGCUCUCACAAGUCGUUCGUCACCACAGCCGACCACCUCUCUUCCCUCCGUUAUACACUACCACAAAUUGCUACAGAAGCACAGCGACUGCAAAAUGGAAUACCAAAGUUGGAUGAGGGGAUCGUGCAUUUCUCUUCCAUAUACAACAAAAAUGUAGAGAACCCAAUGUUGGAUGGCAGGAAGAAGGCCAUGCAACUGCUGAGGAAUGUGGACCGAUUGUCCGAUGUUUUAGAGUUGCCCACUCUGCUUUCUACAGCGGUGUCUUCCUCAUCCGCUAAUGCUGGGGCCGCUGGGGGAUCGAACACGAAUUACUCUUCUGUCCUAGAUCUGUUUUCACACAUAAAACGAUUACAGACCCUUUAUCCCGAUUCGCCGCUAAUUAAAGACAUUGCUCUACAGGCGGAGGAAGCAAUGAAGGACAUGACCAGCAAUCUUAUUGCUGGGCUUCGAGGUCAAAAUAUAAGACUUGCUACGGCUAUGAGAACUGUGGGUUGGCUUCGACGUGUCGCUCCGGAGUUAGAGGAUCCUAGUAACGACGAAGCGCCUGCAAUGAAUAGUGAGGGAGCUUUUGGAGCAUUGUUUUUAGUUUGUCGGUUGGCAAACCUAAUAUCUAUGCUUGAGGCUCUUGAUCCAUUGAGAGAGCUCGCAGACCAAGAAACCCAGAAACGGCUGCAAAGCAAUGGGAAACAAAUGAACCCAUCCACUACCAGCAAUGCUUGGCCGGCGGGCCAGCAAACAGAACGAUUUUUAAAAAGAUACAUUGAAAUCUACCGAGAACAAAGCUUUGCAAUAGUUUCCAUGUACAAGAAUAUCUUCGCGCCCACACCAUCCGACCCUGCGUUGCCAUCCGCCAACGUGCCCGGCUUAGAUCUGCGGGACUUAAGCCUGCAGACUAAACCAGGAACAAAAUUAAGGAAACCUCAGAAUGACCCUUUACCACGCCUACCUACCGCGCUAGCUACUUUGCCGAUGCAUCUAGCGCAACUCUUGACAGAAACGUUGAAAACAUAUCUUCCAAAUGUCAAAGACAAGAGCUCACGAGAAAGCUUGCUUACUCAAGUGCUGUAUUGUGCUGGCAGCUUGGGCCGGUUGGGGGGGAAUUUUAGUAUGAUAUUGUCUUUCCUUAGUGAAGGGGAUGAAGAAAGCGAUGCAGAGGACGAGGAGGUGACAGUCUCUGAAUGGGAAGAAGUUAUGAAGAAGCACCGUAUACUAUCAGAACGGUUGGAUCGACUAACGGCCGGCGGGACUGCUAGCGGGCUAAAAACAAUCUCAAGGGUGGUACAACCAUUAAGCUAGAUUGAGAGAAUAAUAUAUGAUAACUCCAAUACUAAAGAUCAGCGCAUGCCUGGAGGCGUAUACAAGAGUAGUAAGUCAGACAAAUAAUUAUUGUGCUUUAU